AUGAGGGUGGCACGGCUAUUACUGUGCUGCGUACUUCUCGAAGACUACAGCACCAAUCUCGGCGGAACGGCAAUUACCAGUGACGCCAUGCGCCAAGACGGCUCCUCGUCCGCGACGAAUCCGACGCUAUCAGAUGUGCCAAGCUUCUCCGAGCCGAUCGGCAACGUGACCGCCGCUAUUGGCAAAGAGGUCGCCCUCUCCUGUACCAUCAGGAAAGUGGGAAAUUACAAGGUGGGAUGGCUACGUGCCGAAGACCAAACAAUUCUAUCAAUGGGCGAUCGUAAGGUCAUCCAGUCGACUCGAUUCUUCGUCACUCUGGAGAACGCCAAGACAAAGAACCAGACACAGUCGCGGGAGGACGAGGAGGCCACUUGGCAGCUGCAUAUUCGGGGGCUAAAGGAGGCCGAUCGUGGUUGCUACAUGUGCCAACUCAACACCAAACCUAUGUUGAGCCAGCUGGGAUGCGUGGACGUCCUAGUGCCGCCUGACAUUUUGAGUUCCGGCACCUCGGACGGCGAGGUAUCCGUUCUCGAGGGUGAAAACGCCACUUUGUCGUGCAAGGCGUCCGGACGGCCACCGCCUCGCGUGUUCUGGCGGCGCGAGAAAAGUGAUUUCAUACUUGUUAGGGGUGUUCACGAUCCGUUGACACAAGUGGACAACCUGUCCGGCGAGAGGCUAGAAUUAACCAGGGUAGACAGGAGGCAAAUGGGGGCUUAUCUUUGCAUAGCUAGAAACGAAGUGCCUCCGGCGGUCAGCAAGAGGGUUAAUCUAAAAGUAAAUUUCCCUCCUAGCGCUAAAGCACCCAAUCAGCUGCUCAGUUCUCCCUUGGAUACAAACGUGUCGCUAAUCUGCUUAAUCGAGGCUUAUCCCAAGACGAUUAACUUGUGGAUGCGGAAGGAGCAAGUUAUCAUGAGCGGAGGCAGAUACGAAAUCGACGAGCAAGGAGAUCCCGACGAGGAAUGGAAGACGACGAUCGUGUUGAAGAUAAGACGCUUGGAGAAAACGGAUUUGGGUGAAUACACGUGCUCAGCCUCUUCAAGUAUGGGAAAAGCUGAGGCGACUCUCAGAGUAUACGAGAUCGAGCGCGCAACCGUGCCCAAUCGGAUCACCUCGACCAAUUCGAAGCGACUGAACCGAGGCAAGUCAAAGUCCGGGCAAGGGACGAUGGUCAAUCGGGUUUUCCAUCAGCAGGUGAGCACGCCGGCGAUGCAGAAGAGCACCGCGCGAUUGAUUCACAACAACAGGUACGCGACCUCGUCGACCACCGCGGAUCCGCGCGCUCCCUUAAUCAAGGACCAGGGUACCUUCAAGCAUAACAACCGCAACGAUAACCACCAGAAUCUCAAGGAUCGCAGCAACGCGUCCGCGAUCAUCGCCAGCAAGCGGGUCGUCUUGCCGCUCUGUCUCGUAUUAUUCUCGAUAGUGCGAUAAGACGUAAGGUGAUGAGAACUACGAGAACGACGAUUACGACGAUAGCUAUCCCUACGCAAAAGGAAUUACUCAGCGAGUCAGCAUGAAAUUGUGUUCAUCGAUCCGAGUAGCGAGGCUAAGCGAAAGGAACUCACGAGAGUCUCGUAAACGAAAAACGCGAGGGGGAAGAAUUGUUAGACAACGACGACGAGGGGCUGAUGGAAGAACUAACUGUUCCGUUUAAUUAGCCAGAUCAACGUUCUUAAUAGCACGAGAAGAGAUCGAAAGGGAAGCGCACACUUGGACGCUUUUACAGGGUAAGAUCGUAGAGAAGCGAGUACUUGGACACGUGGCAGGGUGAAAAUAGGGGAGGCGAGAGUUUGAUCCGUUAAUGCGAGCGAAUGUUGCCCGAGAUAACCGCUGCGGAUUUUUACGGAAAGACGCUUACGAAUGUAUUUUUUAUGAUCCUUUUAUCCGUUGCUAACGUGCGAAAAGUUCGGGGAUGAA